AUGACUGAACUCAAGGAAGAUGAUAAUGUUAUGAUGUCCCAGGCUGAGGACAGCGACGUAACUUCAAGCUUUACGGAAAACAAUAAUAUCGCUUCGUCCGAAAAUAAACAAUCCCAAUCUGUUAAUAAACAGAAAGAAGUUGAAGAUGAACUCCAAGAAAAAGACAUUCAAAACGAAGAAUGUGAUGGCGUUGACCAUGGAGCAAGCAUUUAUUCCCAGAACGAAGAUGGUGAAACAGUUUUGUCGAUAGCGAUAAGAAAUGGUUUAUUUGAUGUGGUUAAGUAUUUUGUUCAAUGUGGCCCUGAACAUAAUUUUCAAGAUUAUUCUAAAGUUCUUCAGAGUGCAAUAAAGUCUCGGUCAUUAGAAAUUGUGAAAUAUUUCGUUGAAGAUUGUGGGGCUGAUAUACAUUGUAAAGAUGAUUCGGGAAAUACUGCCUUACAUCAUGCUGUUUAUGUUGGUGGAAUAGAAAUUGUCAAAUACUUAGUUAAACAAUGCGGUGCAGACAUGAAUGCCAGGAAUCCAGACGGGGGGACAAUGCUACAACUUGCUGUUACAGAAGGUACGCUAGAAUUGGUGAAAUAUCUUGUUGAACAGGGCGCUGAUGUAAACGGCCAGGGUACUGACGGGUGGACAGUGCUGCACGCUGCUGUUACAAAAUCUACUCCAGAAGUUGUAAAAUAUCUUGUUGAAAAUGGCGCUGUUGUAAACGGCAAGGAUACUACAGACGGCUGGACAGUAUUACACUAUGCUGUUGCCUAUAGUUCAUUAGACAUGAUGAAACAUCUUGUUGAACUGGGGGCAGAUGUAAAUGGCGAAAAGACCGAUGGGUGGACAGUGCUGCAUGAUGCUGUUACAAACGGUACGCUAGAAAAGGUAAAAUAUCUUGUUGAAAUUGGUGCUAAUGUAAAUGGUAAGAGCAAUGGCGGGUGGACGGUGCUUUACAAUGCUAUUUCUAAAGGUACGCUAGAAAUUGUAAAAUAUCUAGUAGAAAUGGGCGCUGAUGUGAAUGCCAAGGAUACCACUUACGAUUGGACAAUGCUUCACUCUGCUGUUACUGAAGGUACGCCAGCAAUGGUAAAAUAUCUUGUUGACAUGGGCGCUAAUGUAAAUAGUGAGGAUAGUAAGGGAUGGACGGUGCUGCGAUAUGCGAUUUUCAAAGGCACACUAGAAAUAAUAGAAUGUCUUGUUGAACAUGGUGCUGAUGUUAAUGACAAAAUUGAAAUGCGAUCAAUUCUGCACUGUGCACUGUGUGUUACUCAAGAUACUUUAGAAAUAGUGAACUGCCCUGUUGAGAAGGAAAGGCGCUGA